CUUUUGUACAUGUUGAAAACAUUGUACUAAUUAAAAAAUUACUUCUAAAAUGAUUGAUUCAAAAGUUUUAGAAAUGGCUGAUUUAAAGAAGAUUUAUAUAAACAAAUCAAAUGUGGAUUCACAAAUUCAGACAAUAUUGGAUACACACCCAGUAUCCACUCCAGAUGUCUUAAAUGCAUGGUUACUGAAAGCCAUCACAGUCAUUGACUUAACAACCUUAUCUGGUGAUGAUACAAGAUCAAAUGUAUUCAGACUUUGUACUAAGGCGGCAAAUCCUUUACCAACAGACUUGAUAAAAAAGUUGGACUUAAAAGAACCUAUCAGAACUGCAGCUGUAUGUGUUUACCCAACAAAAGUAAAAGAUGCAUAUGAAGCUAUCAAACUUAUGGAACUUACAUCUGAAAUCAAUAUUGCAGCUGUGGCCACUGGUUUUCCAUCAGGUCUCUACCCAUUAGAGACAAGACUACAAGAAAUAAAGUAUGCUGUUUCAAAUGGAGCAACCGAAAUUGAUGUGGUCUUAGACCGUAGCUUGGUCCUAACAGGGCAAUGGGAUGCAUUGUUUGAUGAAGUCAAACAGAUGAAGAAAGCAUGUGGUGAAGCCCACUUGAAAGUCAUCCUUGGAGUUGGUGAAUUGGGAAGUUAUGAAAAUGUUUAUAGAGCUUCCAUGAUAUCUAUGAUGGCGGGAGCAGACUUCAUAAAGACCUCUACAGGUAAAGAGGCUGUGAAUGCGACUUUACCCAUUGGUCUUGUCAUGUGCAGAGCUAUAAGAAGACACUAUCAAUCAACUGGAAUCAGGGUGGGCCUCAAACCAGCUGGGGGCAUAAAGACAGCUAGAGAUGCAGUCAACUGGCUAGUCCUUGUGUACACGGAAUUAGGUCCAGAAUGGCUCACGCCAAAACUGUUCCGCAUUGGUGCAUCAAGUUUGCUUGCUGAACUUGUAAACAAUAUCGUGUGUAAGUAAGAGGAUAGUCAAUAAGUGUUGUUAAAUUUUUUCCGAAAACUUAGACAUAUUUUUGUAAAAAUAUUUCUUUAUUGGUGCCAUAUUUAUUUGACCUAAAUGUUAUUUGUAAAGACGAAUUGAAUUCUAUUUUUAUACUCUUAAUUUUUAUAUAACAUCUACAUAUUUAUAAGCAUUGUUCAUAUGUUACCCAAAUGGAAAUGUUAUUAAUAAAAACAUCAGAAAAAUAUUUGUGCAUUUUUUAUUUCAUUUCGUUAAUCAUAUAAAUUAAUACACCUUAUCCACUAUAUGACACUUAUGGUAACAAACUUAGAUUUAAAAUUAUUAAUAAAAACAAAAAUAACUUAAUAUACAUUUUCGUAUAAAGUAUUUUGUUUAAGGUUGGAAUAUGUUUAACAAGGCGUUAUUUACAAAAAAAAUAUUUACAACAUUUGAACUUCAGAGGUCAUAAAGAUUAGACAAAUUUAUCAAUGCUGAGGAACCCGAUAUAGAUAGUAGUAGUACGCCCGAUAUAUCUUGGCCUUUGAAACUCAUAAUUUGAAGCAGCCAGCGGGAUACAAGUAUAAUGGUUUGGUACGAGGAAAAGAAGUAAUACUACCAUAGAUACGAUACAAUACAAACACCAGUAAGUCAAGUUAUGAGAUUUUAAACCUUCUUGUUUCGUUAUUAAGUUGAAAUUGUCAUCUAUUUUAGCAGACUGGAAUAAUAAGCCAGCAUCGAAAUAUUGAAAGACAUGACGGGCAGUUUAGUGUUGUAGUUAGUCAUCAAAAAUGGCCAAAUUAUAUGACCCCUACACUACAACCAUGUGUUUUGCUAAAUGUUCUACAUUCAUGGCUGUUUUUCUACUGGUUCUUCCGCACGGAAACCGUACUCGGGAUGCGCGCUAUAGUUGACCACUCGGAGUUUACCGGACCUGUCCACGUAUCCGUAGUGGCCUUUUACCAGACCAUCGUUGUCCCGCUCCUCAUACCGAAAUUGACGGUUUUUGC